UUCUCCUAAAGAGCAAUCUUAGGUGGAAGAGAGGAUUCCUUGUGUUGGGGACCUCUAUGCUCGCUGUUUUAAGCAGCAUGUACUUUGGUUUCCCUGGGUCAGGAGAACUACCGUGGACAUUGAUCAUGACCUUCCUUGCAGGCACAGGAUGGACAAGCAAAAAGGCAGAAGUUGAAAAAAUAAUUGCAGUUGCCUGGGACAUGUUUCAGCCCCUUCUUUUUGGACUGUUUGGAGCAGAGGUAUCUAUUGCAUCUCUCAGACCAGAAACUGUUGGACUUUGUGUUGCCACCCUGGGCCUUGCAGUAUUGAUACGAAUUUUGACUACGUUUCUGAUGGUGUGUUUUACUGGUUUUAACAUGAAGGAAAAGAUAUUUAUUUCUUUUGCAUGGCUUCCUAAGGCCACAGUCCAGGCUGCAAUAGAAUCUGUAGCUUUGGACACAGCAAGAUCCCAUGGAGAGCAACAGCUAGAAGACUAUGGAAUGGAUGUGUUGACAGUGGCAUUUUUGGCCAUCCUCAUUACAGCCCCAAUUGGAAGUCUCCUUAUUGGUUUGCUGGGCCUGCUUCUCCAGAAAGAUGAACAUCAAAAUAAAGAUGAAGAAGCUGAAGGAGAGACUUCUGAAUAAGUUAAUAGAGGUGAAAAGAGAGAAUGCUGAAUAUAGUAAUUAGAAAGCUGCUACCAGAGGCUACUUUAUCAAGAUGGAAGUUGAAAUAUGUAAUGUUUAAGCUUAAAAUCUAGUAGAACCGUAAGUGUGGUUAUUUCUUUACGAUGGUGGUAACAUUCUACAUCUCCAAUCCUGAUUUCUCUAUGUUCUUUUUUUUUUCUUUUUCAAAUUCUCCUUCAUCGUGUAUCUUUAUUUUUUAUAGAGACAUAUCUACUUUACUGUGCUACCAUAAUUUAAAAUUAACACGAGGAAAAAUGAGUUCACUUAUUGGCCAACAGCUUGCCCUGACUUACAGUUACUGUCACAGUUUCAUGAUUCACAGUAAGUUGGACCCUCAUGCUUUGAAUUGGUUUUUGCACCUCUUUUUUUUUUAAAACACCAUAAUGCAGUCCUUCAUCAAUUCCUACCCACUUUCUCCUUAUUAUUCUGCCUCUUCUCUAUUUCUGUUUCAUUUACUACUUUUCUGAGAAUUAUUGUAACUGAUUAGUCCCUACCAGAUUUUUUAAGUAUAUAAAUAUUUACGUUGGUUUUUCCUCUUGCCCCCAGGUAGAUGUUAAAAGACUUUAUCCUGUUCCCUAACUGGCUAGACAGAGUCCUCUGUUCCAGUGGCCCAACUGAGAAAUUUAUUCUAUCACACCUGGUAGCCUAGAAGUCCAAAUUCAGGGUGCCAGCUACAGGGGAAGGCUUUCUGUCUCUCUGGAGCCUGGAGGAAGUUUCUUCUCAUCAAUCUUCGCCUGGUCUCAGUGCUUUUCAGCAUGCUCCUGGCUGUUCUUUCUUGGUGGUAGGAGGACCCAUGGUUCCCUGCUUGCUUCUCUCUUUUAUAUCUCAAAAGAGAUUGACUUAAAACACAACAUAAUCUUGAAGAAUGAGUCCUGCCUCAUUAACAUAACUGUUGAUAAUCCCGCCUUACUAAUAUCAUAGAGGUAAGAUUUACAGCACAUAGAAAAAUCACAUCAGAUGACAAAAUGGUGGAAAAUCACACAUGCUGGGAAUCAUGGCCUAGCCAAGUUGACACAUAUUUUGGAGGGGCACAAUUCAAGAAGUGAUGGAGAAGUUGGCAAAUCUCUCCUCUUACAUUCCCUUGGUGAUGGCCACACCUAGCUAUGAGAAGACUGAGAAGUAUCCUCUCUGGUUAAGCAUCCUCAUUCCUAGGAGGAACAAAGGAUUAGAUUUGGAAGCCAGAGGUGUUGGAUGUUACCAUCACUUAGUAAUAUAUUCUUGCAUCUUAACAAGGGCCUUCUGAAGAAAGUGACUUCUAUGGCAGGAAUUUCAGACCUUGUGACAUGCCAGCAGAGAUUAGAAGAAAGUCUUAUCUGCAUAGGUCACAUUCGUAUCCCUCUUAUACAAAAGGCCCUGUCUAGAUUUGUGUAUCACCCAUAGUUUCUCUCCACUUCAGGUCAUCCCCUGCCUAGUUGUAGGAAAAAUCAUAUUCAUAUACAACUUAUAUCAUGGUCAAUGUUUACCUGAAGUAUUUAUUUGUAUCACAUCUGAACUCUUUAACCUAGAAUUCAAAAUUCAUUCAGAUCUUGAUGUAGAUAUUAAAUGAGUGAAUGAUGACUAUUCUAAUCUCACCAAGCUUAUUUGCAUAAAGCUUGUCCACUUCUCUCCUUUUAUUAGACUACUGGGCUUCCAUUUCUACCAUGGCCUCCACCUCUAUUCAAAAGUUUGAAUAGUUUAAUAUUCACCUCUUCUAAACAGGUUUUCUUUUUAUGAUGUCAGUUCAAAUCCACCAGGGCACCCCUUGGAAACCCUGUGGGGCAGUUCUACUCUGUCCUUUAGGGUUGCUAUGAGUCAGAAUUGACUUGACAGCAACAGGCUUUUUUUUUUUUUUUUUAAUCCAUUAUAUUCUUUAAAAAUAGCAGUGAUUUUUUUUCUUAUUACGGAAGUAAUACGUUUUCAUUGCAGAAAAUUCAGAACACAGAAAUGUACAAAGAAGAAAACAGAAAGUACUUUUCUCCAAUUUCAUUUAUUUUGUUGUUGAGAAUAUACACAGUGAAAGAUAAACCAAUUCAACCAUUUCUGUAUGUACCAUUGAGUGAUAUUACAUUCUUUGAGUUGUGCAGCCAUUCUUACCCCUCCUUUUUCUGAAUUAUUCCUCUCCCGUUAACAGAAAUUCACUGCCCCCUAAGGUUCCUAUCUAAUCUUUCAACUUGCUCUUGUCAAUUUGAUCACAUAUAGAUAGUCCUUAAAGGACCGUAAUGCUCAAGGCAGGCAUUUUUUACUAGUUAAGCUAAACUAUUUUUGGUUUUUAAGAAGUCUUCAGGGAUAUUUUUGGUUUAAGGUUUAAAGAUUAUCUCAGGGCAAUAAUUUCAGGGGUUCAUCCAAGCUUUAUGGCUCUAGGAAGUCUGGAGUCCGUGGGAAUUUGAUAUUCAGUUCUACAUUUUCCCUCUUUUAAUCAGAGUUCUUCUAUAGAAUCUUUGAUUAAAAUGUUCAGUAAUGGUAGCUGGACACCAUUCAGUUCUUCUGGUCUCAUGGCAAAGGAGGCAGUUAUUCACUGAGGCAAUUACCAACACAUUCCAUAUCCUCCUUCUAUUCCUGAUGCUCCUUCUUCUUCUGUUGUUCCAGGCAAAUAGAGAGCUAUUGCUGUGCCUUGUAUGGCUGCUUGCAAUCUUCUAAGACCCCAGGCACUAUGCAGUAAACUAGCAGAUAGAACAGAAGCGUGAAACAUGUUAUUAGGCCAAUUAACUAAGAUGUCCUGUGAAACCAUGACCCUAGACCUCCAAACCAAGAAACCAAAUUCCAUGAGUUUUUGGUUGUACAUAAACAGCCUCAGCAUCUACUUUUUUUUUUUGUCGUUGUAAAUAUGUCACAGAACUUCUGCCAAUUCAACUUUUUAUAGGUAUAAAACUUAUUUGCAGCAAUUACAGUAAUCAGCUGUGCAACCUUAUCCUUAAUCAACGUGAUAUUUCAUUCACCAUUAACCCUCUCCCCGUUUCCCAUCUCUCCUACCCCUUGUAACCACUAAUAAACUUUGUUCUCUAUAUUUUCGUGUCUUUUUAUAUAAGUGAGGUCAUACAAUAUUUCUCCUUUUGUAAUUGACUUAUUUCACUCAGAAUAAUGUCUUCCAGCUCCAUCCACAUGGUAGCAUGUAUCAAGACGUCAUUUCUCCUACUGACUGAGUAGUAUUUCAUUGUAUGUAUAUACCAUAUUUUCUUUAUCCAUUCAUCUGUUAAUAGGCAUUUAGGUUGUUUCUACCUUUUCGCUACUGUGAAUAGUGCUACAGUGAACACUGGUGUACAAGGCUUUAUUUGAGUCUCCGCUUUCAAGUUUUUUGGAAUUCCUGGGUCAUAUGGUGGUUCUAUUUUUAGGUUUUUGAGGAGCUGCCACACUGUUUUCCACAACUGCUGUACCAUUUUGUGAAAAUAGUCUUAAUGUAAACAUCUAUUUUAUUUUGAUUAUUUUAAAUUUUAUUCUUGCAGCUUUGGAAGGUGUAUUUAUUUUUAGAAGAUAUCACAUCCACAGAAUUAAUUGAGUGAAAGACAAUUUUAUGUAUGACUUUUAUGGAGAUAUAUAGAUUGAAGAAUUCUGUUGCAUGUAAUGAAGGCUAAGUCUUCAAAAAGUCAUUUAUUCAUGUGGUAACAGUCAAAUAUUAAUUUUUCAAUGAAUAAUAAAGAUCCUUGCCUUCACGGAGCUUACAUUUUACAUGACUAACUCAAAAUUCAACUAUAUGUCAGGCAUUGUGCUAGGUUCUGGGGAUACAAUGAUGAACAAGAUAGUCAAGGGCUCUGUUUUCAGUGAAACUUGAAUUCCAGUGGAAGACAAACUGUGUUUGACUCUGUGGGGUAUACAAAUAUGAACAACAUGGUACUUGCCUUCAAGAAUUUUACAGGAAAAUAAAAUGUGUAUUAGUAGCUGUAAUGAAUCUCUGAGUGGUACAAAUGGUUAAGAGUUCAGCUGCUAACUGAAAGGUUAGCACCUCAGGUCCA